AUGCGUUGUUACAACCAUCAACAGUUACACAGUCACUGUGCCUGCCCUGAGCUGUGUGAAGAUGAUUUGCUUUGGAAGUUGGAACGCAGGCAUCCUAAACGUGAGGCCGGCCCAGCAGAGUUGGUUUCAGAUGAUCAUGGACUCGGUACUGGUACUGUUCGCUGCCUCAAGGACCCUGAUGUUAGUACGGCUGUCCUUCCAGCUGAUGCAGAGAAUCUGUUAUCAACAAGAUUGAUGGGACUUCUCCAGGGCCUUGAGGUGGUGUCUAUACACCGUUCAAGUUUCCGAGCCAUAUACUGCUUCUGGUGGCAUUUGAUGGACAUUGAGGAGCGGAUGAGCUGGUGGUCACUCCAGCAGUCAUCUGCACCGGUCACUGCUUUGGUGUUGGGAUUCGAGGUGGACUUAGUGAACUCGGUCCAGUUUUCCAACCAUACAGGGUAUGACUACUGGAAGGGACAAACCAUGACAGCAGAAGAACUGCAAACACUGUAUGAAGGACUCCAACUGAAUGAUGUAACUCGCUAUGAUUAUGUCUUGACAGGUUACACCAGAGACACUUCAUUUCUGGAUAAGGUGAUGGAAAUUAUUCAGGAGCUGAGGAGACAGAACCCCAAACUGGUUUAUGUCUGUGACCCUGUGAUGGGUGAUAAAAGGAAUGGGGAUGGAUACAUGUAUGUUCCGGAAAAUCUUCUUCCAGCUUACAAAGAGAAAGUGGUCCCCCUCGCUGACAUCAUCACUCCAAACCAGUAUGAAGCAGAAAUUCUUGCAGGACGGAAGAUGAAUACAGAAAAGGAGGCAAUUGAGGUUAUGGAUAUUCUCCAUGCAAUGGGCCCUGACACUGUGGUGAUCACAAGCUCUGAUCUCCCCUCUGCUCUGGGGGACAAUUACUUGGUGACCCUUGGCAGCCAGAGAAAGGUGAUCGCAGGUGGUUCUCGAGUGACUGAGCGAAUCCGGAUGGAGAUUCCAAAGGUGGAUGCUGUGUUUGUGGGGACAGGGGACUUAUUCGCUGCUAUGCUUCUGGCUUGGACACAUCAGCAUCCCAACAACCUGAAGAUUGCCUGUGAGAAGACGGUCUCUGCUCUUCAACACAUUGUCACCCGGACGAUCUCGAAUGCAAAAGCUGGCUCGGAGACACUGUCACUGCUCUGUUUGGCAGCGGCUGUGCUUUUGAAGAUGACGGCAACACAGACUGCCUACUUGCUGUUCUUGGGGCUUUGCCUCACACUCCUAUUGUUUGCCUUGGCAUACUACACCUACUGGUUUGGCAGUCGUAUUUGGAGUCAGGAAAUUCCUCCUAUACCUUUACGGACGUGA